UAGACGCUCCCAACACCACCAUCUUGCAUGUGCACCGAUCCCAGCGCCACAACAUUCAGCUGGACACAUUCGCUCUGACUGUGUGUGUGUGGAGACUGCGGAAAAAAAAAAUGCCCAGGCUGGAUUGUUAGGAGGAGACCGCGCUGUGCCCUGUGUGUAACCAUCCUCGAUGCCUCUCAAUUACAUCUAACAGGACAAGAUGAAGCGGAUCGGCAGGCAAAUUGUCUUGCUUUGCUCUGGCUUUUUGGGGCUUGCUUUAGGAGCUUUUCCCACCAGUGUACAAAUAGGAGGGCUGUUCAUGAGAUAUUCUGAUCAGGAAUACAGUGCAUUCCGUUUUGCGAUUUAUCUUCACAAUACUAAUCCCAACACGACUGAAGCACCUUUCAAUUUGGUUCCUCAUGUGGACAACAUUGAAACAGCCAACAGUUUUGCUGUGACAAAUGCCUUCUGUUCUCAGUACUCCAGGGGAGUAUUUGCCAUCUUUGGGAUGUAUGACAAGAGGUCUGUGCAUACACUGACGUCGUUCUGCGGAGCGCUGCACAUAUCUUUGAUCACACCAAGCUUCCCGACAGAGGGCGAGAGUCAAUUUGUGCUCCAACUGCGGCCAUCUUUGAGAGGGGCAUUGCUGAGCCUGCUUGAUCACUAUGAGUGGACUAAAUUUGUCUUCCUUUAUGACACUGACAGAGGUUAUUCCAUACUGCAGUCAAUUAUGGAAAAAGCGGGCCAGAAUGGCUGGCAAGUCAGUGCUAUCUGUAUAGAGAAUUUUGAUGAUGCUAGCUACCGACGUUUACUAGAAGACCUGGAACGAAAACAGGAAAAGAGGUUUGUUGUGGACUGUGAAGUGGAGAGACUACAUAACAUUAUGGAACAGAUUGUAAGUGUUGGGAAGCACGUCAGAGGGUACCAUUAUGUACUAGCCAACUUGGGAUUCAAGGAUAUAUCACUGGAUAGAUUUAUGCAUGGAGGAGCAAAUGUAACAGGAUUCCAAAUCGUGGAUUACAACAGACCCGUUGUUGCUAAAUUCAUGCAGCGUUGGAAGAAGUUGGAUCAGAGGGAGUUUCCUGGAACAGACAAUGCUCAGUUGAAGUACACAUCAGCACUAACAUACGAUGGGAUACUUGUUAUGGCUGAAGCGUUCCGUUACCUCCGAAGGCAACGGAUUGGGAUUUCAAGAAAAGGAAAUGCUGGAGAUUGUCUUGCUAAUCCUGCUGCUCCUUGGGUUCAAGGUAUUGACACAGAAAGAGCACUGAAGCAGGUACGGAUCCAGGGCUUAACAGGAAAUGUUCAGUUUGAUAACUACGGUCGACGGACAAACUUCACAAUUGAUGUAUUUGAGCUGAAAAGUACAGGCUACAGAAAGAUUGGCUACUGGAGUGAUGCAGACAAGCUAGUUCUGAUUCAGAAUGAGAUGAUGUUUCCAAAUGAUUCUUCUGCCAUAGAAAACAGGACUGUUUAUGUCACUACAAUAUUGGAAGGUCCAUAUGUUAUGCUGAAGAAAAAUCAUGACACUUUGGAAGGAAAUGACAAGUACGAGGGUUACUGUGUGGAUUUAGCUUCAGAAAUUGCAAAGCACAUCGGGAUCAAAUAUGAACUUAAAAUCGUUCCUGAUGGAAAAUAUGGAGCAAGAGAUCCAGACACUAAAAUCUGGAAUGGAAUGGUGGGCGAACUUGUUUAUGGGAGAGCACAGAUUGGUGUGGCGCCACUGACCAUUACUUUAGUAAGAGAAGAGGUCAUUGACUUUUCCAAGCCCUUCAUGAGCCUGGGAAUUUCCAUCAUGAUCAAGAAACCGCAGAAGUCCAAGCCUGGUGUCUUCUCCUUUCUUGACCCUUUGGCAUAUGAAAUUUGGAUGUGUAUCGUCUUUGCCUACAUUGGAGUCAGCGUGGUACUCUUCCUGGUGAGCAGGUUUAGCCCAUAUGAAUGGCACACUGAAGAACCAGAAGAUGGACAAGAUGCAUCGCCAAAUGAUCAACCGCCCAAUGAGUUUGGCAUCUUUAACAGUCUUUGGUUUUCUCUGGGUGCCUUUAUGCAGCAAGGAUGCGAUAUUUCACCAAGAUCUCUAUCUGGACGCAUUGUCGGAGGAGUGUGGUGGUUCUUCACUCUGAUUAUAAUUUCUUCCUACACGGCAAAUCUUGCUGCUUUCCUGACUGUAGAGAGAAUGGUGUCACCUAUAGAAAGUGCUGAAGAUCUUUCAAAGCAAACUGAAAUUGCUUACGGAACACUGGACUCAGGUUCUACAAAAGAAUUUUUCAGAAGAUCAAAAAUAGCAAUAUAUGAAAAAAUGUGGGCCUACAUGAAAUCUGCAGAACCUUCUGUUUUCACCAAGACCACAGCUGAGGGUGUGGCACGAGUUCGCAAGUCCAAGGGCAAGUUCGCUUUCCUUCUGGAGUCCACAAUGAACGAAUAUAUUGAGCAAAGAAAACCGUGCGAUACCAUGAAAGUAGGAGGCAACCUGGAUUCCAAAGGAUAUGGAGUGGCAACGCCUAAGAACUCCCCAUUAAGAAAUGCUGUUAACCUCGCAGUUUUAAAACUGAAUGAACAAGGACUCUUGGACAAAUUGAAAAACAAAUGGUGGUACGACAAAGGAGAGUGUGGCAGCGGGGGAGGUGACUCCAAGGACAAGACGAGCGCUUUGAGCCUUAGCAACGUAGCUGGAGUCUUCUAUAUUCUAGUUGGAGGCCUUGGUUUGGCAAUGCUGGUGGCUUUGGUAGAAUUCUGUUACAAGUCCAGGGCAGAGGCGAAGAGAAUGAAGGUGUUGACCUUUUCGGAAGCUGUGAGAAACAAAGCCAGAUUGUCCAUAACUGGAAGUGUUGGAGAAAAUGGCCGUGUAUUGACUCCAGACUGCUCAAAGGCUGUGCACACUGUUCCUACCAUUAGACAGAAUCCAGGAUUGGCUAUAGUAGCAUCAGAUCUACCAUAAAAACCAAAUACUAUUUGAGUGCCUUAUAAAACAAAACACAACAGUUUCGGUGACUAGUAGUAAUGCACCACAGACUGUGAAAACAUUACAAGAAUCCUCAAUAAAUGUGAAGACAAAGAGCAGGGUUGGGGAGAAUUUGCUUGA